UGCACGUGCAGGAGGCGCAAUUCUUUCCACCAGGGGCCGGAAAAGGAAUUUUCAUUCGGCGAUGGCUGCAGGGUGACGCCUCGGGCCACCCCGUGUCCCCGCCCGCUGCCCAGGCUGAAAGCCGCGGGGACACUCGGUGCGGCCGGGAUGGGCCCGCGAGCCGGGCGCACGCUGCUGCGGGUGCUCCGGGCGCUGGCGGUGCUGGGGGUGCUGGGGGUGCGGACCGCAGCCGCGCAGGGCCCAGCGCGGUCACACUCUCUGCGCUAUCUCUUCAUGGGCGCCUCAAAGCCGGACCUCGGGCUGCCCCUGUUUGAGGCCUUGGGGUAUGUGGACGACCAGCUGUUUGUGUCCUACGAUCACGAGAGUCGCCGAGCGGAGCCCCGGGCCCCGUGGCUCUGGGGCAGGGCCGCCAGCCCACCACUGUGGCUGCCGCUGAGCCAGAGUCUGAAAGGGUGGGACCACAUGUUCACGGUGGACUUCGGGACCAUCAUGGACAACUGCAAUCAGGUUUCAGUAACAAAGCUGGGUGUGUUGCAAGAGUCCCACACCCUGCAGGUGGUCCUGGGCUGUGAGGUGCGAGAGGACAACAGCACCCGGGGCUUCUGGAAGUAUGGCUACGACGGGAAGGACCAUCUCGAAUUCUGCCCCGAGACGCUGGAUUGGAAAGCAGCGGAGCCUAGGGCCCAGGCCACCAAGCUGGAGUGGGAAGUGAACACGAUCCGGGCUAAGCAGAACCGGGCCUACCUGGAGAGGGAGUGCCCUGAGCAACUGCAGCGGCUGCUGGAGCUGGGGACAGGGCUGCUGGACCGGCAAGUGCCUCCUUCAGUGAAGGUGACUCGUCAUGUGGCCUCUGCUGUGACCAUUCUUCGGUGUCAGGCUCUGAGCUUCUACCCCCAGAACAUCACCGUGAGGUGGUUGAAGGACAAGCAGCCAGCGGAUGCCAAGGAUGUGGAGCUUGGGGACGUGCUGCCCAAUGGGGACGGGACCUACCAAGUCUGGGUGACUGUGGCCAUGCCCCCCGGGGAAGAGCACAGAUACACCUGCCAUGUGACACACCCAGGCCUGGAGCGGCCCCUCACCGCCACCUGGGAGUCCUCGCUGUCCAGCUCCCUGGUCACUGCAGUCAUCAGCGGGAUCGCCAUUUGUGCCAUCAUCCUGUUGGUUGGAAUUCUGUUCAGAAUCCUAAGGAAAAGGCAGGCUUUCCGAGGAGCCACGCAGGAGUACAUGUUAGCCGACCUUGCAUGAGGUGUGGCCGGCAGAGCUGGUGGGGAGGACACCACCAGAGACUCUAGGGUUCACGUGCGCAGCCCUCCCUGUUUCGGGACAGGGCUGGACCUAACAAGUAGGCACUGUCCCCAGAACUGGCUCCCGUGACUCUCAGGCUGCGCGUGGACACGGCCUUCAUUUCCUGGAUCGACUCCGACUCCACACGUCCACCUCAUCUCGCCUCCUACCUCUGUAACGGGGCUGCUUCAACUGGGGACUCGUGGGUCUUUUUAACGUGUGAGGAAAGCAGUGAACCUCCUCCUCGGGACAUUGCUGUCUCGUACUCCCAUCGGAAUUCUGCACAUGUCCAGGCAAUUCCCAGACCCAUUCUCGUUUCCUUGCGGUCCCCUCUCUCUCUGUUGCCCAGUCAGCCGCCUGUCACCAAGCCCUGUGAUCUCAUCCACCAGAGCGUGACCUGGGUCCCGUGUAGCUGUCGAGCCUAUGCUCUGUGUGACCACAUGCACACAGGGGCUCCUUUCCCAGAAGAGGCUUCGUGGAUGUUUGUGCACAUGACAGUUUUCCAGAAAAUGGGUGGCAAGCAUCUUGAAGAGGUGCCUUUGCUGCCCCAUGGGUCUCCUCAGUCAGCGAGGCCUGCCUGGGAUGCCAGGCUCGAAGUCGCACAGACGGUUUCUACUUGGCCUCUGCGGACCCUUUCCUUGUUCCGAUCAUGAACAUGACAGUAAGGACGUUGAGGAUGAUCGUGAUCUAGUGGUUGACACUUAUGAAAAAGAAAGCUCAUACUUGGCACCAGGCUGGGUUCCAAGCACCAUCUUACACGCAUUGCCUCGUGUAAUGCUUAGAAUAAUUUUUUCAUGUUCAGGACUGUCAUCCUCAUUUUUUUUAAACGAAGACCAUGAAGUACAGAGUGUCUCACAGCCCGCCAGGUUCAAGCUGUGUCCAUGCGCCUCUGCCCCUUCUCCCACAGCAGGGACAUGUGACAGACAGGAGGAAGGGCGUGCCUGUGAGACAGUCUUCUGUCUCGCUGUCUUUGCUCUCAGUGAGCUGGACCCACUGAAGGGAAGCCAGCAAAAAACCACCUCAGUCAUGCUUCCUUUCAAAGUCCUGGGGGAAGGACAGGCGUGUGGCUCCCUGACUGUUCUGCUGCCACCAGCAGUCAGCUCUCUCCGCCACGCCUCUUAGGUGCUAGGACAGGAUUGUCAUGAGUGGUGUCAGUAAGUGGCUGUGUUGAACCUCACAGCGUCCUCUCCCAACCAGUGCCCCUGGAGUCAGAGCCUUGGUGGCAUUCCCCUCCAUGAACUGGAACAACGUCUCAGUAAAUGUGCUGAAACUGUAGCCGCCGGAGGGCCUGGAGGGGACCUGGCAUCUUCCUGGUGCCCUGAGAGUUUGGUUCUCAUCCAUCCCCAGCUAUCAAAACAUUUAGCCUAACCAGCCCCUCAAGAACAAGUAGACUCUGGUUAAGUGAGUCAUCUGACCACUCUGAAGGCACUAGUGCCCAGGGCAGGGUGGUGGGGUCUGCCUGACACUGCUGCACUCGUGUGGCUGCAGAGCCGUGGCGUGGCGCCUUCUGUCCUGCAGGAUCAGUGCUCGAGAGACCAAAUACAGCUCACAAGUCUGUUCGGUAGGUACCGAAUCUGUGCAAAGAGAUGCCAGCUAUUUUCUUUUAACCUAUUUUUUUUCUGGUUACAAAUGUUAAGUGGAUAACAUGUGCUUACUGUAGAAAAGUUGAAAAUGAAUCAAAUUGAAGCUAUCAUUCCAUUAGCCAAUUAUAAACUGUAUUACUAACGUGUGCUUCCUCUCAGCAUUAUUGCUAUGCUGAAAUACAUAAAAACUACAAAUACAUACAUUUUAAUAAGUGCAUGAUGAAUUGUGCUGUGUGAUUGAUUUUCCUGCAUGUGAUUUUCCUGAUGUAUUUGUCCAUCUUAUGUAUAUACUUAACCAUUAUGUCAUUUUGGGGACAUUUAUACUGCUUCUAAAUUUUUUAACGUUUUGUUUUAUGGAAUAUUUUCAUUAAAGUAUGAUAGCUGAAC